UCCCUCAGCCAACAGAUGUUGGUUUCUCCAGAGGGAGAAGCUGGGAGUCAUCAGCUGAGAGAGACGCUCACAGUGAGCUGGACAAACGGCAUCAUGUGGGCCUUCUUCCCGCUGCUGCUGCUCGCCCUGCUGCGGCCCUGCGCCGCCGGAGUCAACCUCACCCAGUUGUGUGACCGAUCAACCGAAGGCACCAUCUACAAAUACCAGGCCAGGACUCUAAACGGGAGCCUUGUGAGCUUCGGUGACUUCGCCGGCAAGACCAUCCUCUUCGUCAACGUUGCUACAUACUGAGGCCUGACCUUUCAGUAUGUAGAACUGAAUGCACUGCACGAUGAGCUGAAGCCCCUCGGCUUCACUAUUCUAGGCUUUCCCUGCAACCAGUUUGGCAUGCAGGAGCCGGGGCAGAGACGUGAAAUCCUGCUGGGUUUAGAGCACGUCAGACCAGGCAACGGAUUUGUUCCCAACUUCCAGCUGUUUGAGAAGGGUGACGUAAACGGAAAAUCUGAACAACAGGUUUUCACAUUCCUCAAAAGCUCCUGCCCUCCUGUCGGGGACGACUUUGGCGCUCCUAAUGGCAGAUUGUUCUGGGAGCCCAUUCGAACCGGCGACAUUAAGUGGAAUUUCGAGAAGUUUUUGGUGGGACCUGACGGAAAGGCGGUGAUGAGAUGGCAUCCCCACGUCAACGUGUCUACAGUCCGAACCGACAUCCGCAAUUACCUUCUUCAGCUCAUCACGCGAGAAAUCCUGAAUUAAGUGCGAUGUGUUUUUAAUCUUUCCUUUUAGAAUGAUUUUAGCCAGUCAGACCACUGUAGAGAUCAGACAGCAGAUACGUUGGUAAUGUGACAGUUUCUAAUACAUGAAGAUGACAUGUUGAAUGAAGAGGAGGCUUGAAAACAGUAAGACUGUAAGGCCUCCUUGGAGUCUGGGGGGUGCAGGAAAGCUUUUCAGUGCAUUCAAGCUGCCCUGUAAUCCCACAGCACCAUGACAUCUUCUCACCCCAGGAUCUGUCUGCCAUUACAGCAACAUCUGUCUGUUUUAAGCUUCAAUAAAUCAUUAAAAGCAA